UUUCGGAGCCGCGUAUCGGUAGUCGCGAGACGAGGCAGUCGGUGACGGGUUGCGGUCGUCUAGUGUGGCGUAGUGUGAACAGUUUUUCGGUCGCCUCUUCCCCCCUUGUGUUCAAAAUGAGCUGGCAGGAUUACGUCGAUAAGCAGUUGCUCGCGUCUAGAUGUGUUACCAAAGCGGCGAUUGCCGGACACGACGGCAACGUAUGGGCGAAAUCCGAGGGCUUCGAAGUAAGUAAAGAAGAGCUCGCGAAAUUAGUGCAGAGCUUCGAGGAGCAAGACAUCCUGACGUCGUCGGGCGUUACCUUAGCCGGCAGCAGGUACAUCUACCUGUCGGGCACGGACCGUGUGAUAAGGGCAAAACUUGGCAAAAUCGGCGUACACUGCAUGAAGACGACGCAGGCAGUAGUUGUCUCCCUAUACGAGGACCCCAUACAGCCGCAACAGGCCGCAUCUGUCGUUGAAAAAUUGGGCGAGUACCUCGUGUCCUGCGGCUAUUAGUAACCUCUGGGACCCAACACAAAUAUCUAAUAUUAAUAAUAAACGAUAUCGGUCGAUUAUUUUAAUGAACAGCGAAUGGAAUGCGCCAUGCCGCACGAGUCGCAUCGGAACUGCCGCAAGCCCUGCCACGCGACAACCCACGAAUGAAGAACAGCAACAAUAGCAACAACACACAGAGCGACGACAGUAGUAACCACUGCUCCAGAGUCAUCAUUCUCUUCUCUUCGAUUUCUAUUUUUUUUUCCUUUUUUUUUCCUCGCCCUUUUGACGCGACGCGCGGAGAACGGGAAGGAAGAGAGGCACGCGCGCGAAUCCACGCACGCCCGCACCAUACGUAAACAACGACGCACCCCCUUCUUCCCCUCUCCUUUCUCUCGCGCAAUCUGGCAUUCUUGCGCCCUCUCCUUAUCUCACCCCUUCCCGGAGCUCUCCUCUCAAACGACAAGACACGUAUACGUACUUAAGCAUCUACGUGUAAGAUCCUCGUAGGCGCGUGUACUCGGUGAUGCGUGACAGGCGCGAACGUCGGAAAACGUGUAUCGGCACGUACGAUCGAUAACGCCGAUAUCCCGAUGUCAUUGUGCCACACAUGUGCUCUCUAUGCUUCGAAACUUUGCGAACGAACGGCUGUGACGAUGCGCGAGAUCGCGCAUCCGAGGUGAAGAUCGAUCAGUAGCGGAAUACCGUACGGAUAUAAAGUGACGAUUAUUGCGCGUCACGCGCGAUGACAUCGAUGACAUUGUUGCGUAGGGUUGCUGCGGACCACGCGCGCGCCUGUUGUCCUCGAAGGGAAGCGCAAAAGCACGCGAGAGCGCGAUAGGUUGCGACGAGCGCAGAUUCUUCGCGAUCAUGUCCGAUCGGAGGGUCUUUUUCCCAUCGAGAAAGAGAAGAGAUAAAAGCAGCAACACGAAUCGCGAUGAAUUAUGAAGCGUGCGUCGCAAUUUGUCGCGCAAUUUGACGAGGGCGACGUCGCACUUUCACUCUUCGUUCGGUUUCUUCUCCGGAGGGGAAGCGCGGUCGCUUCCGCGCGAGAAAUUCGGACGUCCUGGAUUCAAGGACGCGCGUCCGCGGGUCACGUGCGUGCGAUGCGCGAGGAAGCGAUCUCGGCCUUUUCUUGUAUCAUACACUCAACACACCCGCUUUGUUCACGUAUCCAGCUUCACGCGCGCACAAAGUACAUCGAUUGACGGAUAUUAAAGAGAGAGAGAAAGAGAGAAGAUGCGAAAGAAAAAUGGUGAGAAUGAGAGCGGAAAAGAGAGAAAUACGCGACACGUCAAAUUUUUGUGACCGCUUACGUGAUGUUUCGCUGAUGGAAAACGAUACACACAUACACACAUAUACACGUAUGAAUUAAAUAUAAGAAGUAAUGAUAAUAAAUAAUAAUAAACUAUUGUGUGUUAGGCUUACAAUCUUUUUCGUAGGGCACGAAAGGGUGAGCGCGCGGACGAGAGAAUGAGAGAGGAGUAAAAGGUAUUGUGAAUGUUAAGGAAACUUGGAGAGAGAGAGAGAUAGAGAUUGAAAAAGAAAGAUAGAGGUAGAGAGAGAGAGCGCAAGUGUGAGGAACGUUUGAGGGAUGAAAGUGAGAGUGAGAGGGAAAGUGAAAACGAGAAAUGCAGAAUGAGAGAUGAAAUAAUGGUUGAUGAUCGGAAAAAUUGAUGGGGAAGAAAAGGAAGAUUUUAAAACUGAUAGUGUGAAAUAAUGAAAAGAAGAAAACGAGGUGAGGGAGAGAGGGAGAGAAAGAGAGAAGUGAAUGAGAGAGUGAAAGAGGGAGAGGGAGAGAGAAAGAGAGAAGUGAAUGAAAGAGAGAGGGAGAGAAAGUGAAAAGGAAGCAAGUACGAAAGUAUAAUGAUGGCGAUAACAAUGGUGGCGGCGAU